UGUAAGACCGCACAUGAGCAUGAUCAUUGACUGUCUUGUGCUGGAUAAAUAGGAGUACGGAGCGUGCAUUAACUUUUCAUUUCAAAUCAUUCGCAAAAGCUUUCUUCAAGUUUUGAGCGUCUUUUGCCUUGUCUUUAACAUAACUGUUUGCAAAUUGCAACAAUGUUCGUAGCCCGUAGCGCAGGACGUGCAUGCAGCCGUGCGUUGGCUGUUAACAACCAGUACGCUGCGAUCCAGGCUGCUACCUAUGCGAGUGGUCCGAAGAGUCCUGGUUCCGCGAAGGAUGCUGCCAAAUCUUCCUGGGAACAAGUUAAGGCGGAAGCAAAAGAUAUUAAGGGUGAAGUGAAACAUGAAGCUGGCAAGUUGAAGGACAAAGCCGCCUCCGCCUGGGACCAAACCAAAGCUGGUGCGGCGGAUGUCCAGCGGAAAGUGGGCCGUGAGGCCGAGUAUGCUAAAGACCGAGCGGAGGCCGGUGGCAAUCGCGCCCAGGGUGCCGGUGACGAUCUGCUAUCAAAGGCCAAGGAUGCCGCACAAAACGUGAAGGAAUCUCUUUCACAGCCCGGUGGUAUUGCCGAUAAAGCGGCCAACGCCUGGGAGAACGUGAAAGAGAAAGCGGCGGAUAUGGCGGCGGAAGUGAAGCAUAAGGCCUCUGAUCUGAAGGACAAGGCCUCUCAGACCCUCCAUGAUGCCACAUCCCGAGAUCAACAGUCUCAGACCCGUGAUCAGCAGCAGCGAAGGGACUCGGAUGCUGGCAAGGGCCGUGAUCCCAAGAAUCGGUAUUAGAUGGGGGUAGUACUGUACGUUUUUGGCUAGUGUACAUACAGUAACAAACUGAAUGUGUUCGGGUAAUAGUGCUGUCUCUUAGUUCGGUGCGUUCCAUUUUACGCGGCGUUCGAUCUUUGUUUUCCCAGAAGCUGUGUUUUCAGUGUUGAGCGGUUUUGUUUCUCUUUUUUAGCUGCUGAUCCGAAUUGUGAAGUUUAAUGUUUUCUGAUGAUUUUCGCUUGACCGGAAUUGCCAACGUGCUUGAUGACUUGUUUGCAUUUUCAUCGUGGCGGCACAGUUGAUUGCAAAAUGAAUAAUCUUGAAGAGAAA